AUGUCUUAUAGACCAAUUCGUAAGAUUUCUGCUUUAAAAUGGAUUGUUAUCGGAAGUUUGUUAUGCUCCGUUGCAUUUAACAAUAUUAAAAUGGCAAAUGCAUCUGGUGAUAGAUGGUUUAGCCAUAAUUUCAAGCGUUAUUUUAUCAGCCAAUCACAAGCAUCAUUCUAUAGUGCUAGAAGUUAUUGUGAAAACACUUAUAAAGGUAGUUUAGUGGAGAUCAGCGAUGCUGAUGAGGAUACUAUUCUUCUUGGUAUAAUACAAGCAUUACGUAAAAGUAUGAAUAGCUUGCAUUUGGCACAUUACUGGAUCGGCCUUAUGGAUUUAAAUGGAACAUUUACUCAUGCUAAAUGGAUAAAUAGCAAUAAUACCGUUGGAAAUUGGAACUCAUGGCAUGAGAAUAUAGUUAUUAAUUCAGCAAAGUUAUGUGCUGGUGUAUCUUUAGGAAAAUCUAGUACUCAGCUGUCCUGGAUCAACUUAAAUUGCGCUGAUAACUUUUCCUUUAUAUGCCAGCUAGGUAAGGACGGGCAAAACUGUUACCUAGUAUUACACAAAGAAUUCAGCUUUGCUGGUAGAUUAAGUAAAAUAUUAAAAGUCAUGAAUUGGUUUGAAAUACUUACAGUUUGGAUUGAAAUUAAAUCGUUAAUCUAA